AUGUUUCUUUUCUGCAUUCCAAGAAAACGAUUUGAUUGCAACACAGAUAUUGAUUGUUGGAUUCUUUUCCUUUCGAGGAAUGGUAUCAAGGACUUAACUCUUAUUAAUAAUUCAGAUAAUGAACCCUAUAAGUUGCAUUCCUGUAUCUACUCUUGUCCUAAGUUGACUCGUCUAGAGCUUGUCAAUGGUAUAUUCAAAGCACCAUGCGAAUUAAGUGGCUUUCAUAAUCUCAUUAGCCUUCAUCUUAAAAAAAUCGCAUUUGCACACAACAUUCUGGGGACGCUUUUUUCCAUGUCCCCACUGCUUCAGAGAUUGACCAUCAAACAUUGCACUGGUAUUGGCAAUCUCAAUAUCCAAGCUCCAAAGCUCAAAAGGCUACUUGUACAGCACAAUAGUGAGAUACAAUCAAUAUGUUUUACGGACACCCAAAAUCUGAGUUACAUCGCUAUCAUAUUUGGUUUAACAAUGGGAAGCACCAAGAGUGUUAAAACACCCAAUGUGGUUAGCUUGACAAUGUCCUUAUACAAUUUGUUGCCAUUUGCAUCAAAGAUUUUGGCUGCAGGUGGAGUUCCCUAUAGGCUUCCAACCACAGCUAACCUUUUGAAGACUUGCAUAAUAAUGGAGAGGAACGAUGAAGAACUGGUUCUAAAUCGUCUGGAAGCGCCAAACUGCAUGGAUCGAAUGCUGGACAAACUUCAAUCUGUGAAGAUAAGCUAUGUCAUUGGUUUGGAGCCUGAACUUUUCAUCAAGCUUCUGUUAGCCUAG